CAGCUGGCGCUGUGUUAAAGUGUGAGUAAAACUGAUCCAAACCGGAGAAAAACCUCUCUGCUUUCUCCGUAUUCGCAACUGUUCCUAGAGUUUACGAAACACCAAGGAUUAGGAAAUGUCUUUCCACACAGUUUUGAGGAAUUUCGGCAAACUUGGGACGCGUGAAUUUGCAACUUGUUGAUGUUAUGUUGGGCGUCUGAAGCUGUUUACUUCUGCAGGUAGCAGCAUGAUCUCUCCUGUCACCAGGUAAGAAGAGAAACCUGGCAUGCAAACUCCUAUUUGGGAUGAAACUUUACCAGGACAUGUCAGAGAGGAUCUGAGGAACCUGUGCAACAGAUCAUUUGGAUUAGCUGGACUUUAAAAUUCUCCUUAUCAUGAGGAUUCAAGACUGAACUUUCCCCUUGAAAUAAAGCUGCAUAUGGCCGGAGAGGACCAUGUCCUGUGCUCACACUCUUGGGAAAGACUGGACUUGAAGUGAUCUGAAAGCAGAUUUCUGAAUUCACCAGUCUGAUCUCAGUUCUAGUGUGAUAUAAUGGCCUCGGAGGUGGUGUGCGGACUCAUAUUCAGAUUGCUUCUGCCAGUUUGUCUCGCUGCAGCAUGUUUGUUCCGGUACAACUGGCUAUCCUUUGUCUACCUCAUCUACCUCUUACUCAUCCCACUCUUUGCUGAGCCGACAAAGACAACAAUGCAAGGCCACACAGGGCGCUUGCUGAAAUCCCUGUGUUUCACCAGUAUGACCUUCCUGCUGCUGCAUAUCAUCUACCAAAUCACAAUCAACAGUCUGUUAGCAGGAGACAACACUGAGCCCAACAUCAACUGUUCAUCAUGGGAGAGAUCAAUUCAGAAGUUGGGCUUUGAAAGUGUCCGAGGUGCCGAUGCCGGCAAUGGCAUCCGAAUAUUCAUACCAGAUAUCGGCAUGUUUGUGGUGGGUCUGGUCACAUGGCUCCUGUGCCGCAGUCUGGAGAAGCCGCCAGUGAAGGACGUGUCACAGCACAACAGUGACUUUGAUGUGGACAACCAGGAAAAAGAGGAUGAAGAGAAGAAACUGGAGCUGGAGGAUGAGCUGCUCUUUGAAGACUUUGAGCUGGGUGAUGAAGACUGUGAACUUCCUGAAGAGGAGGAAGUGGACAUGGAGGAGGGAGAGCUUGAGGAGGGUGACGUUCAAGAAAGCACCAAAAUGAAGAUCCUUCGACAAAUAGCAGACAUGGCGUCCAAACUCAAAGAGAUCAUUGGCAAUCUGAUUACCACUGCAGGAAAAGUAGUCAUAACCAUAUUAUUAGGCCUCACAGGUAUAAUGUUGCCCUCUCUGACCUCCACUGUGUAUUUCUUCACCUUCCUUGGCCUGUGCACCUGGUGGUCUUUCUGUCGUACCUUCGACCCUCUCCUCUUCAGCUCUCUGUGCGUACUCAUGGCCAUCUUCAGUGCUGGUCAUAUCAUCAUGCUCUACCUCUACCAGUUCCAAUUCUUCCAGGAGGCUGUUCCACCAGGAGACAGUUAUGCCAGUCUGUUUGGCAUAUCUCCAGUGGUGCAGACUGACUGUUUACACACCUGGUUGUUCAAAGUGAAUCCUGAUCUGGAGUGGCACCACUUUGUCAAUCCCAUCAUGUUGUUGGUUCUGUAUUACACUCUGGCUACUCUCAUCCGCCUUUGGCUACAGGAAUCAGAGAACACGAUAAAAGAGAAAGAGGAAGAGCCCGAGGUAAAAGAGGAACCAGAAUCUCCUGAAAGCCAUUUUGCCGUUUACACAGCAGAAAAGAAAAGACAGCUGUGGAGAAUGGCACACUACUGCACAGAUGAGAAAAAUCUGCUCUCCACACAAGAUGGCUUCAGCAAGCCAGAGGUAUUGACUGUAACAUCCAAUGGAGCCUCACUGGACUUCCCAUCAGUUCCUCAUGAAAAUGGGCCAAAGUCUAUGGAGCUUUACUCAACCCCUCAUUAUAAAGCAGACCAGACAGGGACUGAUCCACAGAAAAUGGACGACAGCGUUUACAAGAUGGACUCUGUGUAUGUCGAGCUUUCCAAGGUUCCCCACUCAUUUGGAAAGGUUGUUCGUGUGAACUCUGUGGUGAAGACCUUCAGGUUUAUCAUGAAACAGAGCUACAUCUGCGCUCUCAUUGCAAUGAUGGCGUGGAGUAUUACAUACGUGAGUUGGCUGACCUUUGUCUUCCUCAUCUGGUCGUGCACACUAUGGAUGGUAAGGGACAGGAGGAAGUACUCAAUGAUCACCUCUCCAUUCAUGGUGUUCUAUGGGAACUUGCUCAUCAUCCUGCAAUACAUCUGGAGCUUUGAGUCACUGCAACCAGUGCCUGGACUCUUCCUGAAGAAAGACGUGCCCUUCCGGGAACUGGGCUCUAAAAUCCUGUGCCUCCUCAGUUUCUGGCUGUUGCUGAGACAGGCUUUGACAGAGAGAAGAGAGAGACAGACUGAUGAAACUCAUCUUUCUGAUGUCAAAGUGGAGAGACACACACACGAGGAGUUGGAUGGUGAGGCUGGGGGACACAGAGAGAUGAUGGACGUUCUAGCCAGUACAGUCAUGGUCAUGCUCAACAAAUACUGGAUCUACAUCUGUGGUGGCAUGUUCUUUUUCGUGAGCUUUGAGGGACGGAUCGUCAUGUACAAGAUAAUUUACAUGAUGAUGUUUCUUUUUUGUGUGGCACUUUAUCAGUUGCACUAUGAGAGGUGGCGGUGGAUGUUGAAGUAUUUCUGGAUGUCAGUGGUGGUGUACACCAUGCUGGUACUUAUUCUAGUCUACACCUUCCAGUUUGAGUCCUCCAUUCAGGUGUGGUCCAACAUGACUGGAAUGAGCAGAGAGAAGUUGGGAGAUCUUGGUCUGGAGAAGUUCUCAGUUCCUGCUCUGUUCACACGGAUCUUCAUUCCCACCUCUUUCCUGCUGGUCUGUAUCCUGCACCUGCACUACUUUCAUGAGUGCUUCCUACAGCUCACCGACAUCAAGACUGUAGCUGACAAACAAAAGAGCACUAUCUCCAGGCUAGUGCAUCUGGAUGGUAGUUUGGUUGAUAUCUCCAUGGUCAAACCCACAUUUAACUCAACCGUGAACGAGGAGGAGGUGGAGGAGAGAGCAGACCUAGAGGCAGGGGAGGAGGAUAUGAAACAAAGGGAGAAGAAGAUGUCUGAAUUUGAGCCUCACUUCAUUUCUGAAAGCUACAUCAGCCAGAUGGCACCAGAACCAGUGCCAGACCAGGGAUCAGAGCUGAAGAAUAAAUGGCACCUGGUGGUGGAGCGUCUGACAGUGCUAUUCCUGAAGUUACUUGAGUAUGUACAGAAGCUGCAACUCUUCAUCUGGUGGCUGCUGGAGCUUCACAUUAUCAAAAUCGUCUCAUCCUACAUCAUCUGGGUCUCAGUCAAAGAGGUGUCUCUGUUUAAUUACGUGUUCCUGGUGAGCUGGGCCUUUGCUCUGCCAUUCAGUCAGUUUAGACCACUUGCAUCCAGUGUAUGCACUGUCUGGACCUGUGUUAUCAUCGUCUGCAAAAUGCUCUACCAGCUCACCUCCAUUAACCCCACCACAUACUCCAAAACCUGCACUAUGCCUGAUAACUACACAGAUGCUCAGAGGUUGGAGAUGGACAAGUCUCUUCUCUACAGUGGCCCGGUAGACCCAGCUAACUGGAUCGGUCUCCGGAAGUUCUCUCCUUUACUGGAGAAUCUGAGGAAUAACUUGUUGAUGCUGGCCCUCUUGGCAUUUGAAGUGACAAUUUACCGUCACCAGGAUUUGUGCCGUAUGAAAAACAACCUAACUCCUCCAGUUACAAGAACGAUUUUUCACAAUAUCACACGGCAGCAUCUGGACGAUGGCAUCUUCAACUGUGCCAAAUAUUUCAUCAACUACUUCUUCUACAAGUUUGGCCUUGAGAUGUGUUUUCUGUUAGUGGUGAAUGUGAUUGGCCAGAGGAUGGAUUUCUAUGCCAUGCUGCAUGCAUUCGGAUUGAUUGUGGUGAUGUAUCAGCGCAGGAGAAAAGCCAUUGCCCAGAUCUGGCCCAAAUACUGCUGUUUCCUGGCCUUCAUGCUUGCCUUCCAGUACCUGAUGUGCAUUGGCAUCCCACCUGCAGCCUGUGCAGACUAUCUAUGGAGGCACCCCUCAUCCAGCAUGGAUUCCAAUGUCAUCAAGUGGCUCUACUUUCCCGACUUCCACACCAAACCCAACCCACUCUUUCUCCUGUAUGACUUCAUGUUGUUGCUGUGUGCAUCGCUGCAGAGGCGUGUGUUUGAAGAGGAGAGUGUGGCAGCUGUACAGCUGUUGGCAGGUGAUAACACAGAGAUCUGUAGAGAUCUGGACGCUGCCUCCUUCAGCCAGCACAACCCUGUUCCUGACUUUAUCCACUGCAGGUCAUAUCUGGAUAUGUUGAAGGUGAUCGUGUUCAGCUAUCUUUUCUGGUUUGUCCUCACUAUCAUCUUCAUCACGGGUACAACACGCAUAAGCAUCUUCUGUAUGGGCUACCUGGUCGCCUGUUUCUACUUCCUGCUUUUUGGGGGCGAGCUGCUACUAAAGCCAAUCAAAAGCAUCCUCCACUUCUGGGACUUCCUGAUAGCAUACAACAUUUUUGUAAUCACCAUGAAAAACAUCCUCUCAAUAGCUGCUUGUGGAUAUAUAAAAGCAUUGGUGGUCAAUCACUGCUGGCUGAUCCAGUUGUUCAGUCUGGCUUGCACUAUUAAGGGAUAUUCAAAACCGGAGCAGCAAGCGAAUAAACAGUGUGAGCUGCCGAGUGAUGAGGCGGGUAUAAUUUGGGACAGCAUUUGUUUCGCUUCUCUCCUGCUGCAAAGACGAGUGUUCAUGAGCUACUACUUCCUGCAUGUUGUAGCAGACAUCCGCUCUUCACAGGUCCUUGCCUCCAGAGGAGCUGAGUUGUUCCAGGCGACCAUUGUGAAGGUGGUUAAAGCCAGAAUAGAGGAGGAGAAGAAGUCCAUGGACCUACUGAAGAGACAGAUGGACCGCAUUAAAAGCAGACAGCAGAAGUUUAAGAGAGGUAAAGAGAGGAUGUUGUCUUUGGCUCAGGAAAGUGGGGAAAGCCAAUCAGUGGUUAAGGAGAAAGAGGAUGAUGAUGAAGAGGAGGUCAGCAAAGAGAAGAAAAAAAGCAAAAGGAAGCAGUGGUGGAAGCCUUGGGUUGAUCAUGCAUCCAUGGUCCGAAGUGGCAGUUAUUACUUAUUUGAGACGGACAGUGAGGAAGAGGAGGAAGAUGAUGACAAAAAGGAUGAUGAACCUCCCAAGAAAUCAGCAUUCCAGUUUGUGUACCAUGCCUGGAUAACUGACUCUAAAACAGCCAUGAAAGAGCGGAGUAAGGAAAGACGUCACUUCUGGCAAAGAUACACAGAGGGUCGCACGAGCAGCAAGGACCCGAAGGAAGUACACAUUUCCAUCGAGGAUGAAAACCAGGAGGAGGUUGUUCAGGAGGAGGACAUGUCUGAUGGUCCAGAUAACAUCCUGAAAAGAGUGUUUAACAUAGUGAAGUUCUCAUGGGUGCUCUUCCUGGCCCUGGUGGACAGUUUCACCGGCUGGCUCAACUCUAUCUGCCAAGAACACAUUGAUAUCUCCACUGUCCUACGUACUGAACGCUGCAUGCUCACUCGUGAGGUCAAAAAGGGGAACAUUCCAUCACGAGAGAGCAUCCACAUGUACUACCAGAGGCAAAUGUGCAAGCCAACAUCCACUGAAUCCAGUCUGGACAGAACUGAAGAUGUGUAUUCAGACUUUAGUCUUCAACAGAGUGAUCUUCCUCAGGAAUGUUAUGGGAUGGAUUACGUAGAGUCUGAUUUCUCUAGAGACAAUUUGUCCAGUGCAUGUACAGAGUCCACUAUGCUAUAUAAUGGGUCAACCCUUGAGCAGCCUGAGGCAACCGACUGUGUACUCAAAACAAGCCAGCGAGUCCGACCUAAACUGUGCCGACUACCUAGUGUAGAUCUACAGUCCUCAUCUGCAGACAGUGCAACCACUGCCACCUCAAGUGAGCACACCCAGCACACUGAGCUCUACUCCCGCCAGGGCACCAAUGACACCAUCGAGGCAGGUGUGAGUGAACAGGAACAAAGAGACCGCCCUGACAAACUCUGGACCACCACUUCAGAUCUACCAGCACCCUCAGCAGACUACCACUGUACUAGCGAGGGCCAGAUGCCUCAGGGAGCCACAGCCAGUGCAGACUGGGACAGAAUACUUGCUGUCGAGCAGGUGGGGUGGUCUCAGGGUGGAGGUGGUGCAGAUAUUCCCCCAUCAUACAGUAAAGCCACAGGGCUGGAUUCAGCAUGUGAAGUGACAGGUCACACUGCAGAGAGGAGAUUAAGGAUCGCCACACCUGAUGAGAGGUCAGGCUAUCAUACCUCUGGAACUCUGCCGUCAAUGAGCCAGCAACUGACAGCCAGUGAGCUGCUGCGGAGCAGGAUGUUCUAUGACGAGGAGCUUGAGGAAUCAGAACAUUUCUACAGGUCUCAACCGCAGUUCCUACAGCUCUGCUAUGCUCUCUAUAAUAUGUUGGUGGCUCAUUCUGAGAUGGUGUGCUAUUUGGUCAUCAUCCUCAAUCACAUGAUCUCAGCGUCUAUGGCCACGCUGGUGCUGCCCAUCCUUAUAUUCCUCUGGGCCAUGCUCUCUGUGCCUCGACCCAGCAAACGCUUCUGGAUGACUGCCAUUGUCUAUACCGAGGUCACUAUUGUGAUAAAAUACUUCUUCCAGUUUGGCUUCUUCCCAUUUAACCAGAACAUUGAGCUGGAUAAAUCAAAACCGUUCCACCCACCCAAUAUAAUCGGUGUGGAGAAGAAAGAGGGUUACGUCCAUUAUGAUCUGGUUCAGCUCCUCGCUCUAUUCUUCCAUCGAUCCAUUCUGAAGUGUCACGGUCUGUGGGAUGAAGACCAGCCUAGGUCAGGUGUUAAAACUGCCAGCUCUGCCCACAUUGAUUCAGACAGUGAAGAGAAAGCACAUCCCCGCUCCGAAAAAAGUCCAGUUGUCCAUGAUGCAUCACCUGUGUCUCCACACGUACGGCUGCCCAGGAAACACAUUGACACAAACUCUGCUGUCAGACGCCACAGCUCCAGUGCAGGAUCCAACAUCUCUCAAUGCUCUGGUCGCUCUAAAGCAGGCAGUACGGGCACCAGGGCAAGUGUGCGUCGUGGUGGCAGCUUACUGAGUGUUCAACAGAAAAGUCGCAAGGAACUCAUUUUGGAAAAGUUGAGAGAACAGCUCAUCAAAGCAAAGCGAUAUGCUGUUAAAACGAUUCUAGAGAUCUAUAUUCCGAUUCGCCAGUUCUUCUACAACCUGAUCCAUCCAGAGUACAGUGCUGUGACUGACGUUUAUGUGCUCAUGUUUUUGGCCGACACUGUCGACUUCAUCAUCAUUGUCUUCGGAUUCUGGGCCUUCGGGAAAUACUCUGCUGCUGCUGAUAUCACUUCCUCCCUGUCAGAAGACCAGGUACCUGAGGCAUUUCUGGUGAUGGUAUUGAUCCAGUUUGGUACCAUGGUAGUAGACCGUGCUCUCUACCUGAGGAAAACCGUUAUGGGAAAAGUCAUCUUUCAGGUUAUCCUAGUCUUCGGCAUUCACUUUUGGAUGUUCUUCAUUCUGCCUGGAGUUACUGAGAGGCGUUUCAGUCAGAACACUGUUGCCCAGCUCUGGUAUUUUGUAAAGUGCAUCUACUUCGGCCUGUCAGCCUAUCAGAUCCGCUGUGGCUACCCCACCCGUGUGCUGGGCAACUUCCUGACCAAGAGCUAUAAUUACGUUAAUCUCUUCCUCUUCCAAGGAUUCCGGUUGGUUCCGUUCCUGACGGAGCUGCGAGCAGUGAUGGACUGGGUGUGGACAGACACGACUCUCAGUCUGUCCAGCUGGAUCUGUGUGGAGGACAUCUAUGCUCACAUCUUCGUGCUCAAGUGUUGGAGGGAGUCUGAGAAAAGGUAUCCUCAGCCGCGAGGGCAGAAGAAGAAGAAGGUUGUGAAGUAUGGAAUGGGUGGUAUGAUCGUGAUGCUUCUCAUCUGUAUCGUCUGGUUUCCUCUGCUCUUCAUGUCUCUGGUCAAAUCAGUGGCUGGUGUCGUCAACAAACCCCUGGACGUGUCAGUCACCAUAACACUGGGUGGCUUUCAGCCCAUCUUCACUAUGAGUGCACAGCAGAAUCAACUGAAAGACAUCACUGAAGCAGAUUUCCUGGCGUUUAUGAAUUCUUACAAUUACAUCCCUAGUGCAAUGCAAUUUCUGGAGGCAUACACUGCAGAGGAUGUGACCGUGGCAGAGCUGGAAGGAAGUUCAAACUCUCUGUGGACUAUCAGCCCUCCCAGCAGGAAGAAUCUAAUGGACGUCCUGAGCAAAGAGGACCAGUUUCCUGUUACUAUGUCCUGGAGCAUCCAAAGGAAUCUGAAUCUGGGAGCAAAGGCUGAAUUUGCAACUGACAAACAUGUCACAUAUCUGGAUAUUAAUACUAGACAAGAGCUAAUAGCGUUGCUCAAUGGAACCAGAAAUAAAGCUGUGGUAAUAGAGAAAGUAUUUCCCUGCUUCAUUCGGGCACCAAGUGACUCAAAUGCCAAACCAAUAGAUCAGCUUUAUAGAGUGGAUGGCUAUAAGAGCAUUCUGCUGGACUUGGAGAGGUCUCAUAACAGAAGUGUGGAGAUCCAGGAGUGGUGGAUUGUGGACCAGCCAUCGGCAGGGAAGAUUCAGAUGAGAUCAGUGGCAAAGUUAGAGAAGAAGAAAGAAGCCGGUCUGCAGCUUUACGUCUUUAGUGAUAAAGUCAGUCCUCCCAGUCUGAGCUUUCUAGCAGGUUACGGUAUAAUGGGCCUGUAUGCAUCUGUGGUUUUGGUAAUUGGAAAAUUUGUCCGUGAGUUCUUCAGCGGCAUCUCUCACUCAAUCAUGUUCGAAGAGCUUCCUUGCGUGGACCGCAUCCUCAAACUCUGCACCGACAUCUUCCUCGUGCGGGAGACAGGCGAGCUGGAGCUUGAAGAAGACCUGUAUGCCAAACUGAUCUUCCUUUACCGUUCUCCAGAGACCAUGAUCAAAUGGACAAGGGAAAAGACCAAAUGAGCCUCUUGAGAUGGUUGGAAAUCCAGGAAAAGUGAUCCAUUGGAAGGAUGCUCCUCAAGCAGUGCUUCCAGGAGGGAGUGUCUAUGAAAUUAGUGCUCUUUCAAGACUGUGACAACCUCCUUGCAAGAGGAUCUACUGCCUACUACAAUGUGACCUACAGGAGAACUAGCUGUUGUACAAUACCAAAGUAUCCUGUUUUUACCUGAAUCUGAGGUUGUUUAGAUUUUGAGAAGCUGCCAGGAAGAUGCAACUGAUGUUGGGAGGCUCAAAUGGGAGAUUGGUUAAUCAUGCAUUGUGCAAUAUACUGUCCUGGUAGCUGGCUGUAAACUUGAACAAAGGCAGUGACUGAAAAACACUAGCCACUUUUUCUUUAGAGAAAACUGGACCCAGUGCUUGGGUUCUCCAAGACUAUAUAACAUUAAAAAUUGAAUUAUGAUCUAAUCUAGAAUGACUUUUAGCUGAGGUCUAAUGAGUUAUCAGGAAAAGACUAUACUCCUAUCAGGACGUUUGAAGUUACCUCUCGCACACGAGUAAGAGAGCAGCUCAACAGAGCAAAUCUUUACUGUUAAGUCAAUGCUCUGUGUUGAGGGCUAUGUGGUGUAAUUGUGGAUCAACAUCAUGAGCAUAAAGCACAUUUUGGAAAUCUGCUGUCUUUCAUUAUUGUGUGUAUCAUUACAUUGAACUAUACAUUAAUGGUUUUUAAAAGGAAUUUCCAG